AGCUCCAAUGUAAACAGAGCAGGCAGGGGCCCUGAUUCACGGGCCGCUGGGGCCAGGGUUGGGGGUUGGGGGUGCCCACAGGGCUUGGCUAGUGGGGUUUUGGGGGGGCAGUGGGUGCAAGGAGUUUGGUUUGUGUCUGCUGGCCGGCAGGCAAACGCAACCCACGCGGUGGGGGAGGCGGCUAGCGUGGUGGACCCAGGCCGCGUGGCCCUGUGGCAGCCGAGCCAUGGUUUCUAAACUGAGCCAGCUGCAGACGGAGCUCCUGGCGGCCCUGCUCGAGUCAGGGCUGAGCAAAGAGGCACUGAUCCAGGCACUGGGUGAGCCGGGGCCCUACCUCCUGGCUGGAGAAGGCCCCCUGGACAAGGGGGAGUCCUGCGGCGGCGGUCGAGGGGAGCUGGCUGAGCUGCCCAAUGGGUUGGGGGAGACUCGGGGCUCCGAGGACGAGACGGACGACGAUGGGGAAGACUUCACGCCACCCAUACUCAAAGAGCUGGAGAACCUCAGCCCUGAGGAGGCGGCCCACCAGAAAGCCGUGGUGGAGACCCUUCUGCAGGAGGACCCGUGGCGUGUGGCGAAGAUGGUCAAGUCCUACCUGCAGCAGCACAACAUCCCACAGCGGGAGGUGGUCGACACCACUGGCCUCAACCAGUCCCAUCUGUCCCAACACCUCAACAAGGGCACUCCCAUGAAGACGCAGAAGCGGGCUGCCCUGUACACCUGGUACGUCCGCAAGCAGCGAGAGGUGGCACAGCAGUUCACCCAUGCAGGGCAGGGAGGGCUGAUUGAAGAGCCCACAGGUGAUGAGCUACCAACCAAGAAGGGGCGGAGGAACCGUUUCAAGUGGGGCCCAGCAUCCCAGCAGAUCCUGUUCCAGGCCUAUGAGAGGCAGAAGAACCCUAGCAAGGAGGAGCGAGAGACGCUGGUGGAGGAGUGCAAUCGGGCGGAAUGCAUCCAGAGGGGGGUGUCCCCAUCACAGGCACAGGGGCUGGGCUCCAACCUCGUCACAGAGGUGCGUGUCUACAACUGGUUUGCCAACCGGCGCAAAGAAGAAGCCUUCCGGCACAAGCUGGCCAUGGACACGUACAGCGGGCCCCCCCCAGGGCCAGGCCCGGGACCUGCGCUGCCCGCUCACAGCUCCCCUGGCCUGCCCCCAUCUGCCCUCUCCCCCAGUAAGGUCCACGGUGUGCGCUAUGGACAGCCUGCAACCAGUGAGACUGCAGAAGUGCCCUCAAGCAGCGGCGGUCCCUUAGUGACAGUGUCUACACCCCUGCACCAAGUGUCCUCCACGGGCCUGGAGCCCAGCCACAGCCUGCUGAGUACGGAAGCCAAGCUGGUCUCAGCAGCUGGGGGCCCCCUCCCCCCUGUCAGCACCCUGACAGCCCUGCACAGCUUGGAGCAGACAUCCCCAGGCCUCAACCAGCAGCCCCAGAACCUCAUCAUGGCCUCACUUCCUGGGGUCAUGACCAUCGGGCCUGGUGAGCCUGCCUCCCUGGGUCCUACGUUCACCAACACAGGUGCCUCCACCCUGGUCAUCGGCCUGGCCUCCACGCAGGCACAGAGUGUGCCGGUCAUCAACAGCAUGGGCAGCAGCCUGACCACCCUGCAGCCCGUCCAGUUCUCCCAGCCGCUGCACCCCUCCUACCAGCAGCCGCUCAUGCCACCUGUGCAGAGCCACGUGACCCAGAGCCCCUUCAUGGCCACCAUGGCUCAGCUGCAGAGCCCCCACGCCCUCUACAGCCACAAGCCCGAGGUGGCCCAGUACACCCACACGGGCCUGCUCCCGCAGACUAUGCUCAUCACCGACACCACCAACCUGAGCGCCCUGGCCAGCCUCACGCCCACCAAGCAGGUCUUCACCUCAGACACUGAGGCCUCCAGUGAGUCCGGGCUUCACACGCCGGCAUCUCAGGCCACCACCCUUCACGUCCCCAGCCAGGACCCUGCCGGCAUCCAGCACCUGCAGCCGGCCCACCGGCUCAGCGCCAGCCCCACGGUGUCCUCCAGCAGCCUGGUGCUGUACCAGAGCUCAGACUCCAGCAACGGCCAUAGCCACCUGCUGCCAUCCAACCACAGCGUCAUUGAGACCUUCAUCUCCACACAGAUGGCCUCUUCCUCCCAGUAACCACGGCACCUGGGCCCUGGGGCCUGUACUGCCUGCUUGGGGGGUGAUGAGGGCAGCAGCCAGCCCUGCCUGGAGGACCUGAGCCUGCCGAGCUCCUGUGGCCCUUCCUGGACAGCUGUGCCUCGCUCCCCACUCUGCUCUGAUGCAUCAGAAAGGGAGGGCUCUGAGGCACCCCAACCCGCGGAGGGCUGCUCGGGUUGCACAGGAGGGGGUCGUGGAGAGCUAGGGGCAAAGCCUGUUCAUGGCAGAUGUAGAAGGGACUGUCGUUGCUGUGUGGGAUACAGUCUUCUUACUUGGAACUGAAGGGGGCGGCCUAUGACUUGGGCACCCCCAGCCUGGGCCUACGGAGAGCCCUGGGACCGCUACACCACUCUGGCAGCCACACUUCUCAGGACACAGGCCUGUGUAGCUGUGACCUGCUGAGCUCUGAGAGGCCCUGGAUCAGCGUGGCCUUGUUCUGUCACCAAUGCACCCACCGGGCCACUCCAUCCUGCCCCAACUCCUUCUAGCUAGUGACCCACA